AUGGACGAUGAUUUAGCAGGGGAAUUAAACAACAUUGGUGGUUAUAACAUACGCGCAGCUAAGGAGAGGAAGUACGGUGGUUUCAACGGGGAGGAUAUUCCUCAUGAUAUUGCUGCUCAGAGUAUGUAUGUGAAUCAAGUUCAAAUUCAACGUAGCACCCUUCAGACACAUCUCAGACAUUUCUACGAGAUUGGUGGUUAUAACAUACGCGCAGCUAAGGAGAGGAAGUACGGUGGUUUCAACGGGGAGGUACGAGGUCCCAACAUGAUGCAAGGUUAUUAUAACAAUCUAGAGGCCACAAAACAAACUUUAGGUAACGAGGGGUGCGUACAUACAGGAGAUCUUGGAUAUUUUGAUGAGAUCGGACAACUUUAUGUUGUUGAUCGUAUGAAGGAACUGAUCAAGUACAAAGGUUAUAAGGUUGCGCCAGCAGCACUUGAAGAUCUUCUUGUUUCUCAUCCAGAAAUACAAGAUGUUGUCGUUAUCCUUACUUAUUGCUAUAGAUUUCCUGAUGAUGAGGCUGGUGAGGUUUCAAUUGCCUAUGUUGUUCGUUCACCCAAUAGUUCGCUGUCCGAGGAAGAAAUUAAGAAGUUUAUUGCUAACCAGGUGAAAAAAAGCUAA